GCUAGCGCGCGACCUGUACAGCGCGAGCUACAACAGCAAAACGGAUUUAUUCAUUCUGGGAGCGGAACCAAUUAGACAUAUAUUAAUUACAAAUACAAAUAAAGGCCGAGGAAACCUCCUUAUAAACUGAGAAAUCUAACCGUAUUAAUUUAUUAUUUGUUUAUUUUUUUGUUGACUGGAGCAAGUGGAACUAGAGAAUAUACACCGAUGCUAGUCGGAACUCGUACCGCGUUAGCCGCUUGUCAAUGCUAAGCUAACACGAAAAUUUACAUCCUGACCGGCCAGCGGUGUCAAGAUUGACUUUUCAUAUUUUAACUCUUGCAACGUAUUCUUUUUUUUGUGUGAGUGUGUGUAUCGUGCUGUCAUAUACAACCAGGAGGAAAAAGCGCCUCCGCAAACGAAGCUGUGGAGGGGGAAGAACGGAUAGCAUCUUCACCGGGCGGACGUCGCGCAUCCUGCCGGCCUGCGGAGAGGAGCGAUGGCCGAGGUCACAGCCCUCACCCCUUCUCCUCCGGCAAUGAUGGAUCAGCCAGCAGCUCCUUCUUCUCCUCCUCCUCCUCCUCUUCCUCCCUCUUCCUCCGCUCCCUCCCUCCCUGCAGAGUCACCUAAGCCUGUCGUCGCCCCCAAAUCCUCUUUGUACGGAGAUCGAGCCGUCAUGGCGGCCACCGCGUUAACACAGCCGGCUCUUAAAGAGAACUUUAUGCCUUUAUCACACUCCAGGGAGGUGACUUCAUCGCUUCCCGAGCAUCCUCCUACUUCUCCUCCUCCUUCUGUUCCAGCUGCUUCAGAUAGCGCUUGUCCUCCUCCUGACCAAGGUAAAGAAGACGUCCCCACAGAGCCCGGUCCCUCAACGCAGCAAAACAUCUCACCAGAAACGCCCGGAGGAGCGGCAGAUCCUGAAGCGCCGCCUUGUCCAGCGCAAAACCCAACAACACAACAACUUAAUCUGACCUCAAACUCUACAUCCUCGCCUCCUCAGUCUCCUCCGUGUAUCGCCCCCUUCGUCUCGGAUCCUCCCUCUCUCGUGGUCCCAGAUUCACCGGUGCUGUUUGUAGUGCCGCCUCCUGUGCAUUCAGGCCCCGCCCUGGACACGCUGAGCUACCUGGAGUCGGCCAGCAUGAUGUCGGGAACGCUGGAGUCUUUGUCGGGAAUCGGCGACGACGGAAGCUCGCUUGGGUCGGACUCGGAGCUCAACGGCCCGGUUAUGAAACGCACAGAUAAAUACGGCUUCCUCGGAGGAGCGCAGUACAGCGAUGGCAAUGCGGUGGAUGUCAGCGUGGAGGUGGCACGGCACAGAGAGAUGAAGUGGUUGGACAUGUUUAAAAACUGGGACAAGUGGAUCUCUCGUCGCUUUCCCAAGGUAAAGCUGCGCUGCAGGAAGGGAAUCCCGUCGUCUCUGAGAGCUCGGGCCUGGCAACUUCUCUCCAACAGCGAGGAACUUCUGAUGGCAAACGUCGGGAAGUUUGAGGAACUAGAAAGAGAGCCGGGGGAUCCGAAGUGGCUGGAUAUCAUCGAGAAAGACUUACACAGGCAGUUUCCCUUCCACGAGAUGUUUGCUGCUCGAGGAGGCCACGGUCAGCAGGACCUGUACCGUAUUCUGAAGGCAUACACCGUGUAUCGGCCGGAGGAAGGCUACUGUCAAGCUCAGGCUCCUGUGGCUGCGGUCCUGCUGAUGCACAUGCCAGCAGAGCAAGCGUUUUGGUGUCUGGUGCAGAUUUGUGAGAAAUACCUCCCCGGGUACUACAGCGCCGGACUGGAAGCAAUCCAGCUUGAUGGAGAGAUUUUCUUCUCCCUGUUGAGGCGGGUCUGCCCCAUGGCCUACCGCCAUCUGAAGAAGUUUAAGAUCGACCCCAUCCUCUACAUGACCGAGUGGUUUAUGUGCAUCUUCUCACGGACGCUACCCUGGUCCUGCGUCCUCCGUGUCUGGGACAUGUUCUUCUGCGAAGGGGUGAAGAUAGUGUUCCGUGUGGGGCUGGUUUUACUGAAGCAGAUGCUGGGUUCUGUGGAUAAACUACGAGAGCUGCAAGGAAUGUACGAGACCAUGGAGCGCCUGAGGAACAUCUCGCCAGACAGCAUCAAAGAGGAAAUACUGGUUCACGAGGUCACUGUUGUCCCUGUGACAGAGGCUUUGAUUGAGAGGGAGUGCACCGUGCAGGUGAAGAAGUGGCGCGAGUCUCGCGGCCCCCUGACGCACCAGCCGUGUCGCAGGCUCUACGGCACUCGAGACAUCCACGAGCAGAAGCGCCGCGCCGCCGCCAUCAGCUCCGGGGGGAGUCUGUCCUUCCUGGGCAGCUCCAUGUCCGCCCCACCACCCGGCCCCCUGCGCUCCUCUUCCAGCCUCCUCUCUCUCCCCGGCUUCCGGAAAUCCAAACUUCCAUUCUCUCACGGUAAAAAAAGCUCUUUUUCUGGUCCUAUCGGCCUAGAACCGCAGGUGUUUGGGGGUGGGACUCCUAUAAUGAUAACGAUGUCAUCUGGACCGCCACGCCCACUCGUUUCAGCAGUGGUUCCACCCACUAGUAGUGCAGGAGGACACAAGCCUAGUCCUUUAGCAACGAAACCUCCAACACCACCGAAAUCUCCAACCGCAGACGCCAACACAGCACCGAAACCUGCACUAGAACCAACGUCAGCACCGAAAUCUGGUCCAGAACCAAUAGCGGCACCAAAAUCCGAACCAGAACCAAUAACGGCACCAAAAUCUGAUCCAGAACCGUUAACGGCACCGAAAUCUGAUCCAGAACCGUUAACGGCACUGAAAUCUGAUCCAGAACCGUUAACGGCACUGAAAUCUGAUCCAGAACCGUUAACGGCACCGAAAUCUGAUCCGGAACCAACAUCAGCGGCAAAACCAGAACCAACAUUGCCAUCUAAAUCAGAAUCAACUUCCGCACCAAAUUCUGGGCCUACACCAGAAUCGGGACCAAAGCCCACACCAGCUUUAGCACUGAAACCCAGCAUGGAAUCCGCGCAUCCCCCGAUCCCGAACCAACUCCAGCCCCCCAGAGUCGUCUCGGAGCAAGUGACACCCACGAUCCCGUCUCCCACUGCCAACAACAUGCCCCUGCCGCCCUGUGAGGACGAGGGCAAGAAGAAGAAGAAGGGCAAGGAGGAAAAGAAGAGCAAAGAAGACAAGAAGAAAGAGAAGGAGGAGGAGAAGCAAAAGGCGCGAGAGAAAAAGGAACGAGACAAGGCGGAGAAGGAGAAAGCAAAGAAGGAAAAGGAGCGGGCCGAGAAGGACAAGAAAAGGGAGAAAGGGGGUAAAAAGAAGGACAAACCCGCGAGCGCCGAGGCGGAGGAGCAGAACGGAGCCGCGGCGGCCAAAAACAUGGCCUAGUUUUUCUGAACAAAGGAGACGAAUAGAGCACAAAGGAGGACGGGAUAACUGGAAAUAGAUCUUUACAGUCACGUCCAUUAGGAGAGAUAUUACACACACAGUCUGUAAAUAGAUCAAUAGGUCAUUAUUUAGUAAUUCAUCCCACUUUAAAACAUUUAUCCGAUCUGCCGGUGACCCGUAAUAGAGCUCGUCCUCAUCGUAGACUAACCAAGGAGCCCGUAUUUAUUAACGUCGUCUGUUAGCGUGUGCUGGUGCGUGUUUACGUGUUUGUGUCGUAGUCUAGCGGCGCUGUCCAGUGUUUCUGACUUCCAACCUGUAGGAGGCGCUCUUGCUGCCAUCCUUCAGGGAGAAACUGGAUAGAAGAAAAAAGAAAUAUAUCUAUAUAUAAAUAUAUACACACAGUAUAUGGUUUGGCCACUAGAGGGCCGGGAAGAACAGACUGAACUAAAAGGCGGAGGUUUGUUUGAAAUGGUACCGCGGCCUGAAUGGUGGGACGACUAAUGCUCUUCUCCCAUCUUACGAGUGAUUACAGCCUCGCGCGUGAUUUCUGUUUCAGCUCGUGUGUCUCGCUUUGCGUUGUAGAUGAGUCUAAGGCUGUGAGAUAUGACUAAAUAAAUAAAUAAAUUUGAUGAUGCUUUGAUCAAAUAUCUGCAAAAACAAGGAAACGAAAAAAGGUUUUAAAGACGAAGUACAAAAUGUUAUCAGGAAACAGUUGGCUUCCAUUGAUGGUAAUUUAAAAAAAAAAAUUACAAUCACAUAAUAGUGUGGUGAAAUUAUUAUUAUUAUAUCAGCAUCACUCAGUCCUAGACAUUAUAGCCCUUACAUUCAAAAAUGCUUUCCGUUCCUUUUUUUUAUCAUCUGUUGCUAAUUAAUCAUUCAUCAUUCCUCUCUCUCAUUCUCUCAUCUCUCACUUUUUCUGUUUUUCUUCUCCUUGCCUCUCUUUAGUUAAUCCUGAUCAUAUACCACUCCCCCCCCCUUGUUUAACCGUGAACUGGAAUUAUUAUUGUUAUUAUUACUUGGCAGACGGCAGAGUAAAAUGAAAAUGGUGCAUGAUUGUGCGACACGAUUAGAAAAUGUUAACUUAUCGGGGAGAAUUAAAGAAAAGUCUGAACGUUACCUGCGUGGACUUUGAGUUCAGACUCGUAUUUAUUUGUUUGUCAAUGAAGGAUUUAGUUUGUUUGCACUGAACCCUCUGUUAUUGUUUUAUUUUUUAUUAGGUUGUUUGUUUGUUUGUCUUGAAAGCACCACUAAUAUUUGAUUCUCGUUGUUCUUUCCGAUGUUAACGAAUGACGUUCAGUAGCAUUAACGUCCGAGCUCGUCAUCUUCAGGGCUCGAAUUGCAUCGAUGUACAGUUUGUUAAUUUAACCAGAUGAGCAGUUAUAUUGUGUAUUAUUUCUGCUCUUCAUCCUGUUUUAGAGAGCGUGUUAUUGUUAGUUUAUUAUUUUUGUUAUUUUCUAUGCAAGAAUCCAGAGGCCUGCGUGACUGGAAGUGAAAUGAAUUUUUAAAGGAAAACCGAGGAUAUAUUUUAGUCAUUUCUUUUGUCUGUGUGUAUGUGUUUUGUUUUAUUUUGUUUUAUUUUCGCACAUUUUCUUUCCCAACAUUUCAGAGAAUGAAACCAAGCAGACGCAUUUUUAUUUAUUUAUUUUUUUUUACUCUUGAAUUUCAACAGAUAUGACAGUAUUUAGUGCCUGCAAAUGCUGGUUUACUUUCUCACGCUUUACGUGAACAGACUUGCUUGACGUUCAGCAGAAAUGUUUGCUACAAGGCUAACACGGCUAACGAUUAACGAGAGAUCUAACGAGAGAAAUCCCAUGAAGCGUAAACAUUUCACACGCUGUUCGUUAUUUUAUUCUUUAAUAAACAAUGUUGUAAAGACAGUCCUUUCAAGUUUUUUUUUUUAUGAUGUAUUGUAAUUAAAAGUAGAUUUCUGAGACGGGGCUUAAGGAGCGAAUGAAACUGUGUGGUGUUUAGUGUGUUUGAAUAGACCCCUGGUGUGUUUCUCCUUGCUUAGACAGGUUAGGACACGGCAACCAGAUUACAACUAGUUCAAGAUGAUCCACGUCACAGCGGUGAGAAAAUGAUUCGACUCGGGCAAGCUGUUCAUCGUUUUUUGUUUUUGUUUUUAUGUAUGAGCUGCUAAACCUAUCUAAAGGACAGAGCUGUAGCACUACCUUGUGUAAAACCUUGUGUUCUCUACAGAUCUGGACCGAAAAAGAAACAUCACAUUACAAACACAAAUGUUUUUAAAUAAUUCCUUCACUGGAGAUGAAUAAACAAUUAUAUUAUUAUAUACAAGCCAAAUAUAUAUAUUAAGUUUUGCUCUUUAACAGAAUACUGUGUAGAAAAAAAAAAACACCUUAAACAAAGCAUUUAAAGCAGAUGAUCAUCCGUUGCAUGUCAAGUCAGCUUUGAAGCAAACACUUCCUGCCUGUUUGACCAGUUCAGAUUUUUUUCUUUAUCUAUUUCUGUUAGAUUGUUUUUGUUUUUUGUGUUACACCCCAUUUCUUAGCAUACUUUUUAUUUUUAUUUUAUUAUUUUUAUGAUUACUAUUUAAUUUGGGUUUGGAGGUUUGAGCCAGUACUGUAGAACUAUACAAUGAUACAAUGGGAGGUGUUUAUUUUUAUUAUUUUUUUUCCUCCUGCGUUGAUGAACCACUGGAACAUUUCAGUGUACAGACAUUUCUAAAACAACUCCUCCUCCUGAGGCACUCCGCAGAAUUACGCAAAAAAAACAAACAAACUGAACAGCACUUUGGAAACUGGACUGUACUGUCAGGAGACUCUGAGAAGUGAUGUCGUGCAACUUGUUGAUCUGACAUGCAAGAUGAUGUGGCUUUUUUUUCCCCCGCUUGUGGUCUUGUUCUGUGGUGCUGCGUCAUUCCUCACCUCUAGGUGAUGCUGUGCUUUGUCUUUUCAAUCUAAAAAGGUUGCCCGGGGUAACUUUGGCACGGACUGGGCUUUGUAACACAGGUUUGUGGCCCUUCUCUACUCCUUCUCUACUCCUUGGUGUCAUAACGACAUAACAUUUCUGAAGUUUGUAUUAGGAGAUGUUGAAGAUGACUGUAGACUUCAGGGGCAUAGUUGACCCACAAGGCAUUGCUACAGACAAAGAACAACUAACAGACCUGCUUAAGUGUAAAAAAAAGAUGCGAAACCGAGACAAGGUGUUCACAACUGAUUGUCUCUCUCCAGGGGUUCUCGAGGGAGUUUAAUGAACGGUCUCGGCACACGGGGUGGUGUGUCUAUGCAAACCCUUAAAACCCCAGACUGACUUUUAUGAAGCAAGCACAUGCUUUCAUUGUUUUUCUUGAAGGAAAAAAAAAUGAAUAAGAGAAGAAAAGAAAAGAAGUGUGCCAUGCCUGGUUGGGCCACUAGAGGGUGCAGAGGAACAGACUAAACUUUCGAAAUGGUACUUUCCUCAGAAUUGUCUGGGUUUGGUGAUUAUUUUGUGACUGAAUAUGCAAAAACAAACUAAAAUAAUCAUUAUUCAGUUUUAAACCUCUAUAGUGUAUCCAAACGGUCUGGUUUCUGAUUGUUGGGGUUGAGGAAAUUCAGAGUCCAUGCAUUUCAGAGGCUUUACAAUGUGUUAUUUACAUAUUUAUCUAAUGUCUUGUCUUAUUUUUUUAUUUUGUUUAAUUUUUUUCAUCUCGCUACAAGAACCAGCAACCCUUUGUAAGAAACGCCCCGUGUUACCAUUGGUUUAAGACUAAAAUGUGGAACUUUUGUAAUAAUAAAAAAAAAAGCCACACACAGUGUUAGAUGACUACACACCAUGCUUUUAGUGCUAGAGUGGUCACGUGACCCUGUAGAUGAUUAGUGGACUCCACCACCGUUACAGCGCCUUCCUGGUGUCUAAGCACUGUUUUUGUUUUACUGAGGAAAAAAAAAAUCUAUUUGUUAAUGUUACAUGUUUCCAGAAUAGUCGAUGUCCCGAUGUUACUCUCUUGUAUUUGCGAUGAGCUUUUAAACACUCUGUAUCGCAAAUAUAGCGUAUUAAUAUUAAAUACUACUGACUUUUUUUCCGCACAAAUAAGAUUUAUGUCCCUUAUCUUUCACACUUUAAGUGGUCUGUCUAGAACCUUUUAAAUAAACUACCUUUAGAGAACAAAAGUACUUAAACUGCAUUAUGAAUGUGGCAAAGAUUAUCUGGUCCAAACUCCUUCCCUGAGGCAUCUCCAAUCUAACACCAAAAACACUGGGAUUAAAAAACGUGUAUAUUUAUCCUGAAUGUUGUAUUAAUCAGCACAUGCCUGGUGUUCACACCUAAAAUGUUAAAGAACAAAAAAGCAAGAACUGAAACGGGUUUACGUGGCUGAUCGGAAAUUCACCCCCUCGCUCAGUGUUUCUUGGUUCUUUUUUUUUGUUUAAAGUCGUUUCUUUUUACCUUUUCUUUUAUCCUUUUUUUUUCUAAUCAACUAGUCUUCUUUAAACUCACCUUGUCAUGUCUUUUUUUUUUUUUUUUUUUAUACCAAGCCUUGAAAAUAGAAUUAAGUCAUAGCUCAUCAUUCCUUAACUACAGAAAAGGAAAAUGUACACAGUGUAUUUAAUAAAUCAUUGCGAUAACAAUGAUGAUAAAUUGUGAUGAAUAAUAAACCGUAAUAUAUUAAAUCCUGAAA